UUGUUGCACAUUAGUUUAGAUUAUUUUGUCAUAUUUAAAACCCUUUUUAAGCAAUUGAGUGUUGGGGUUUAGUUGCGCAACAUUAACACAACCAACUUUAAACGUAGUAACAUUAAUCGGGGAGGAUUGCUUAAGUCGUUUUUUUCCCUUUUUUCUUUACAGUUAUUAUUAUUUUUGAUUUCUUGCAGGAGCAGCGUUACUGAACCAAAGUUUUUUGUAUGAGUUGCGGAUAAGAAGAGGCGAAGGGGAAAAGGCCUCAAGCCUCGGACGGGAUUUUAAAGCAAUGGCCGGUAAUUUUGAUGCAGAGGACCGUGCUAGUUGGUACUGGGGGAGGCUGAGCCGUCAGGAAGCCGUGUCUCUCCUGCAGGGACAGAGACAUGGCGUUUUCCUGGUGAGAGACUCAAUAACCAGUCCCGGAGACUACGUGCUGUCCGUUUCAGAAAACUCAAAAGUGUCUCAUUAUAUAAUCAACAGCAUCAGUAACAACCGGCAAUCUGGCUCAGGUUUGGCUCCUCCUCGGUUUCGGAUCGGCGAUCAGGAGUUUGAGGCGCUGCCGGCCCUACUGGAGUUUUAUAAGAUCCACUACCUGGACACCACCACACUCAUAGAGCCCAUAAGCAAGGCCAAGCACACAGGAUUCAUCAGCACCGCCGCCGCCGGCCCCCCCCAGCAACCCGAGGAGGCCGAGUUCGUCCGGGCGCUGUUUGACUUCCCCGGCAACGACGACGAGGACCUGCCCUUCCGCAAGGGGGACAUCCUCCGCGUUUUGGAAAAGCCGGAGGAGCAGUGGUGGAACGCCGCUAACCAGGAAGGCCGAGCCGGAAUGAUCCCCGUGCCUUACGUGGAGAAGUACCGGCCCGCCUCGCCCACCGCCGCCGGCCCGGGUCCCCCGGCAGCGGGGACGGGACAGGCGGGGCUCGUUGGAGGUGUAGCGGGCAGCCCAGAUGGAACGGGGGCCCCUCAGGUUAACCCACUGGGAGACCCGGGCCAGUACGCUCAACCCGUAGUCAACACGCAGCUUCCAAACCUACAGAACGGGCCCGUCUAUGCCCGAGCCAUUCAGAAGAGGGUGCCCAACGCCUACGACAAGACAGCGCUCGCUCUGGAGGUGGGCGACAUGGUAAAAGUGACCAAGAUCAACGUCAACGGCCAAUGGGAGGGCGAGUGCAAAGGCAAGCGAGGCCACUUCCCUUUCACCCACGUCCGACUGUUGGAACAACACCAUCCUGAUGACGAGAGCUGAGAAACACACAACGCACUCCCAAUCGCCUCCACAGUGUCCAGCACAUCCCUUCCCUUCGGCCAUUUUUUUAUUUUUUAUUUUUAUUUUUGUCAUCAUGCUCAGAAUGAAAAAGAUUUAUAU